GGGAGGGGGCCAGGCGAGUCGGGGUCGCGCCGCUCUUCUGCCCGCAGCCGCGGGAAUCGCGUCGCCAGCCGCCGGAGCCGGGGCGGUUCGGCCGCCAGGGGCAGGCCCCGCCGGACACGCCGCCGAGGAGGCGCCAGGCCGCGCUCCGUCACCCAGGUGAAGCAGGAGCUGUAGUAGGAAGACCUUGUGGCUUGCAAUCAUGCCAUUCCCCUUUGGCAAGUCCCACAAGUCUCCUGCAGACAUAGUGAAGAACUUGAAGGAAAGUAUGGCUGUUCUAGAAAAGCAAGAUAUCUCUGACAAAAAGGCAGAAAAGGCCACUGAGGAGGUCUCAAAAAACCUUGUUGCCAUGAAGGAAAUCUUGUAUGGCACAAAUGAGAAAGAACCACAGACAGAAGCUGUGGCACAGCUUGCUCAAGAGCUGUACAACAGUGGUCUUCUUAGUACCCUAGUAGCUGACUUGCAGCUAAUUGAUUUUGAGGGCAAGAAAGAUGUUGCGCAAAUUUUCAACAACAUACUCAGAAGACAAAUUGGUACAAGAACUCCCACAGUCGAAUACAUCUGCACUCAACAGAAUAUAUUGUUCAUGCUAUUAAAAGGGUACGAAUCUCCAGAAAUUGCUCUAAAUUGUGGAAUAAUGCUUAGAGAAUGCAUCAGGCACGAGCCACUUGCAAAAAUAAUCUUGUGGUCAGAACAAUUCUAUGAUUUCUUCAGAUAUGUGGAAAUGUCAACAUUUGACAUCGCUUCAGACGCGUUUGCCACGUUCAAGGAUUUGCUUACAAGACACAAGUUGCUAAGUGCAGAAUUUUUGGAACAACAUUAUGAUAGGUUCUUCAGUGAAUAUGAGAAGUUACUUCAUUCAGAAAAUUACGUGACAAAGAGACAGUCACUUAAGCUUCUUGGUGAAUUGUUAUUGGAUCGACACAACUUCACAAUUAUGACAAAGUACAUCAGUAAACCUGAGAAUCUCAAACUAAUGAUGAACCUUCUGCGAGACAAGAGUCGUAACAUUCAGUUCGAGGCCUUUCAUGUGUUUAAGGUGUUUGUAGCCAAUCCUAACAAGACACAGCCUAUAUUAGACAUCCUUCUAAAGAACCAGACCAAACUUAUUGAGUUCCUCAGCAAGUUUCAGAAUGACAGGACCGAGGAUGAACAGUUUAAUGAUGAGAAGACCUAUUUAGUUAAACAGAUCAGGGAUUUGAAGAGACCAGCACAGCAAGAAGCUUAAUCUCCAAUAAACCCUUAAAAUAUUAAAUGCAAAUUCAGCAUUUGCUGUUAGAUAUUCAGCAUCAGGCACUCUUAUCGAUUCAUGAGGAACAUUACUGCUAAUCUGCUGUUCAGUGAACGGUUUUUGUUUUUCUCUUUUCUUUUUUAGUUCAAGUUGAAAAACAUAGCUGCUGCUUUCUUGCACAAUGUGGACUUUCUCGAUAUUUGUGUCAUUUCAGAAUUCAAAGACACUGCUUGUUUUAGGAGUCCUGAAAGGAAAGAUUCUAUGUUCGUGAAAGCAAACAUAUAGAGACUAGUUUGGUUUAGGAGAGAAGGUGUUCAUGUAGUUAAGUAACAGGUUGCAUGCUUGCAAAUCUGAAUAAAUCUGUAUGUUUGCACUUACCUUGUUUGAGAUAUGAGCACAACAUGAUCUGUGCAUACCUGGCACCAUAGUAUAAGAUUAUAUGCCUUGAUUUAAGAAAAAAAAAAGUAAAAAAAAAGUGCAGUGCUUUAUUUGUAAUCAAAGGGGAAAUGUAUCUAAGAUGUGAGCUUAUUGGGAUAAACAGUUGUCUUGCAAAUAAACUGAUACUGAAACUUAGCAACUUUAAAAGAGUGAAAUCUCAAGGUUCAUAAGGAAAAUGUAUAUAUGCCUUUCACUGCUUUAUAGUUUGGGUUUGGUUUUUUUUUUUUGGACAUCUGAUUUUUCUGAGAAUUGACUUGUAAACUUGGAAAUAUGUUCUAAGGGGUUUUGUUAAUUUUACUUUAAAGGUAUUUCAAAUAGUAGACCUAGCAGUGACAUUCUGCAUUUCAUUUCAACAAGGCUUGCUGGUUUCUUUUGUAUAUAACUCCUAGGCUGCUCAUUUCUUUAAAAUAUGAUUUAAUUUGUACAGCAGAGGAAUGUUAUUGUAUUAGUCUGUAACUAUUACCUAAUAUUGAGUUUUGCAAAAUGAAUGCUCAUAUGUAAUUGAAUACUUCAGAUCACAUGGAAAUGCUGAUUUAAUAAUCUUAAGUACUGCAGCAUUAAAAGGAAAACAAACCCACCAAACAAAUUCUUUGUAUUCGCUUAUCUAAUGGGGUGCUAUCAAUUAGGGUAGGCUGAAGUAGAGAACUGGAACCCUCUAUGCUGUGUUCUUACUGGAUAAUGUUGGCCUUACUCAAUUAAACUAGCAUUGUGCUCACCAGCUCUGCAAAUGGCAAAGUUUGUGCUAAAUUAACGUCGAUUCCUCUUACUUCUGGGGAGCCUGCAGUGCAUCAUUUCUUCCUUAGAGUAAAUAACUCAGUACAGUAGUUGUGUAAAGGAGUGCUUUAACUCCCUCUGACUUGAAGAAACAAUUUCAUAGAUGUCCUAGCCUAACAAAAUUAAAUCAUUUUCUUGAUUUCAUUCUUUAAUGCUGCAAACUAUCAGUAUUUAUAAAAGCAAAAAACCAACUGAUUUUGCACCGUGGUUUUGUUACUGUGACCAUACAAAAGGACUCUACUAAAUAUAGCUAAAUGAUGUUCUUAAAAUUCUAUCUAUCCAUCCUAUAGUAAUGCUGAGAUCACAACCAGGCAAACUUACCCAUUGGAGUCUGAGAGUUCAAAUUAUGCAUGGCUGAAUCUGAUCGUGGAUGCUAUAGAAAAUGUUUGUUGCUUCCUGUCCUCUUCCUGAUUAAAAUACUUCCCGAUCGAUCGGCAAGAUGAAACUCCUAAGGGACGCCUAAGCCCAUUUGGAAGCCUUCACAAGGGAAGUCAGACAGCUCCAGAAAGCUGAGCCUUUUCACUCAGUUGUUUAAAACUGCUCUUAACAUUCUAAUUGGUCUUUUAAAGGUUCUUAAGGCGUCCUUUGCAGAGCAGUUCAUUUUGCCUCCAGACAAGGAAACAGCAUACUCCUACUGAGGCUCACAGGCAGGCAGAAUUGGCCCUGAGGCGGUGUUCUAGUACUGGCAGGCUGUUAUGUUUGGGUUUAUGGUAGCUGAGCCGAGAAAAACAUUGUUGGCCAAGUUACCAUAACACGUAAGACUUCCUCUCUGGAGAAACGUAGGUGUGCUAAAGAUUUAUACACGUAAAGAAGUGGGAACCUUUGGGCAGGGACGGAGGUUACUCUCUGUUAGGCCUUGGCUCAAAUGGCUAUGGUGACUUUUUUGAUCUGUGGAGACAUUUGACUGUUGGCUUUGCAAAGGAAGUUGUAUUUCAAUUAAAGCUCAUUUGACGUGCUCUUCAUAUUAAAAAGCCCCUCUUGUUCUGGCA